AUGGCACCACCACACGCAGAACCCUCUCCACCGCCGUCCCCUGGGCACGAAAAAGCCGCUCCAGCCUACGCCCGCUCCACGGGUACAAUUGCACACUUGCGGCGAUACCAGCUCACACAGGAUGUUGGUACUCUCAUGGAGAACUACGCUCCCAACACCCUCACAGCAACCGUAACAACCGGGGCCAAUAUCACAGCCUCUGUUGUGCCCACAAAGAUCCUCUCAAAAGCGGACAGCAUUGCGGACUCACUGCUUGCACAAGUCGAUCAAACCUUCCCGUCCCUCCCGUCCAUGCCACUUUCCCACCUCACCAACCCACCAAAACACCUUCUCGAGAAAACAAUCAUCAACCCAAUCUCUGCCGUGAACACCGCGACAAAGGUUUAUAUUGAUAGCACGUGCAACGCAAUAGCUGAGUCUCGCAAGAAAUUCCAGGGGAAUAUGUCAAGGAUUUACAAAGAGAGAGUCUCCCCGCUAUUGGCAAACUUGACGGAUCCCUAUUUGGAAACGAUAAACAUUAGGAUAUCCGAGUCUCUCGACUCUGCCGCGCCGGAGUGGUACAGCGAAGCCCCCACCGAGUCGCCCGACGCCACGGCCGAGCCAAAACCUGAAUUCGAAAAAACAUUUGAACUCUUUCAAACAGCCGUCUCGCACGCCCACCAGCACGGUUUCGUCCCAUUCAGGGGCCAGGCGGCGCAUACGAAGGAAGACGUUGCGGAUGGCGGUAGCCAGUUGAAGGCGGAAUUAAGGGUAUCGCCAAGCAGGAUCCGUGGCAGUGCGGAGCAUCUCAUGAAGGUCUAUAGAGAAGAAGCUAGUUACGAGAAGGAGAACGGAGUGGCCGCGGGAAUGAGGGUUGGACUAAAAGUCGGGGAAAGAGUUACCGGGGAUAUUGUGGGGGCCGGGAUCAUGGUGGUUGCGAAGGGUGUUGGCGCGGUAUGGGGGGUUAUAGAUGUUGGGAGGCGGAAGUUGGGAAUUUGAUAUCGGGUUGAUCGUCACUAGUUAAAUGCUGCGGGAGUCUCGCCUUUUUUGUUUGGUAUGGGGGUUUUUUUUGUCCAACUAUAUGGGACUCGGGAGCUUUUGAUUUUUGAUCUUGAUUUUAGUUUUCUACUAGCUUACGGUUUAAUAGACCGAGGCCACUCAGAGUAGCACUAGUGGCCUUCUUGCUUACCUGCCAGACAAGGCGGGGUAA